UGUUUUAAAUGGUGGCCUGCACAUAGCUGGUGUUCUGCAGCGGAGACCCUCCACGCCCCAGGCUGGGCGGGCGUCACCCUCCUUCCUCCGCUGCCCGCGGCGCUGUGCCCAGCUCUGCAGCUCUCGCCAUCUCUCUGUCCCUCUCGCUCCUCAGUGGGCUGUGACCAGGGCCCCCAGGACCCCGUGUACCUGCCGGCAGCCCUGGAGCUCCUGGACGCCCCCGAGCACUUCCGCGUGCAGCAGGUGGGCCGCUACCCGCCUGCCAACUCCUCUCUGGGCUCCCGGUCCGAGACCUUCCUGCUCCUGCAGCCCUGGCCCAGGGCCCAGCCGCUCCUCCGGGCCUCCUACCCGCCCUUUGCCACUCAGCAGGUUGUCCCUCCUCGGGUGGCCGAGCCCCCCCACAGGCCAGUCCCGUGGGACGUGCGGGCCGUGUCGGUGGAAGUGGCAGUGACGCCAGCGCCCGGCGCCCCCCAGUACCAGGAGGUGCCCUUGGAUGAGGCAGUGACUCUGCGGGUGCCCGACGUGCCCGUGCGGCCUGGCCAGCUCUUCAGUGCCACCCUCCUGCUUCGCCACAACUUCACGGCCAGUGUCCUGACCCUGCGCAUCAAGGUGAAGAAGGGACUGCAUGUGAUGGCCGCCCGCCCAGCCCAGCCCACCCUCUGGACUUCCAAGCUGGACCGCUUCAAGGGCUCCAAGCACCACACCACCCUCAUCACCUGCCACCGCGCUGGGCCCACAGGACCCGACGCCAGCAGCCCCCGCGAGCUGUCCGAGUUCCUGUGGGUGGACUUUCUGGUGGACAAUGGCACUAGCGGGGGCCUGGCAGUCACUCGCCCUGUCACAUGGCAGCUGGAGUACCCAGGCCAGGCUCCUGAAGCAGAGAAGGACAAAAUGGUGUGGGAGAUCCCCGUAUCGGAGCGGGACAUACGAGCCCUCGUCCCACUGGCCAAGGCCGAGGAGCUGGUGAACACAGCACCGCUGACCGGAGUGCCGCGGCGGGUCCCUGUGCGCCUGGUCACCGUGGACAGCGGGGGGGCUCUGGUAGAGGUGACCGAGCACAUUGGCUGUGAGUCGGCCAAUGCCCAGGUCCUGCAGGUAUCCGCGGCCUGUGACGCCGUGUUUGUGACGGGCAAGGAGAGCCGGGGCGCUCGAGGGGUGCGGGUGGACUUCUGGUGGCGCCGGCUGCGGGCCUCCCUGUGGCUGACAGUGUGGGCCCCACGGCUUCCCCUGCGCAUCCAGCUGACGGACACCACCCUGGGUCUGGCGUUGGAGCAGGGAGGGUUGAGGGGGGCAGCCUGUGCAGGUGUUGGGAGCAGACACCUGACCCCUUUGUGGGGCUGUUGGGGUCGCAGAGGGCAAAGGCUGCCUGUGUAUGUGGACCCCACUGCCGGCCCUUGUCACCCUCAGGUGCGGUCCCCCCUGUCUGACUCCAUCCUGGGGGAGCAGGCGCUGGCCGUGACAGACGACAAGGUCUCGGUGCUGGAGCUGUGGGUGCAGCCGGUCAUGGGCCUGUCACUGGCCCUGAGCCGUGGCGCCGCCCACCCCGGGGAGGUCACAGCCACGUGCUGGGCGCAGUCAGGCCUUCCCGCCCCAAAGCAGGAGGUGGCCCUGUCCCUGUGGCUGUCCUUCUCCGACCACACCCUGGCCCCCGCCGAGCUCUACCCCCACCAGGACCUGCGGACAGAAGAGGCCGGGCAGGGGGAGGAGGAGGAGGGGGAGGCAGAGGCGAGGGAGGAGGAGGGGGAAGAGGAGGAGAUGGUCCCCGCCCCUCGGCGGGUCACCAACCUGGAGCUGGGCAUGUACGCCCUGCUGGGCAUCUUCUGCCUGGCCAUCCUCAUCUUCCUGGUCAACGGGGUGGUGUUUGUGCUGCGCUACCAGCGCAAGGAGCCCCCCGACAGCACCCCAGACCCCGCCUCCCCGCAGCCCCACAACUGGGUGUGGCUGGGCACCGACCAGGAGGACCUG